AGUCCCUGACUCCACUUUCAGUUGCAGCCUUUUUUUUCUCUCCUACAGAAAGAGACCAGAGAGCUCUCAGUCUCUCCGAAAUGAAUCUCGCUUUCUCUCUCUAACUUUGAGGUUGAGUUUCUUAAGAUUCAUGGCUUUUGAUCCAGGGGACUCGUCCCAUAAUCAAGUCGCACAUGAAAGCAGUUACAGUAUGCUAACUGCAUGGCAGUGUGACUUUUACGCUGGUUAUGGUUAUGAUGUGAUAGAAGAAGAUGCUUUGAAUGAGAAAUCUUGUAUUCAAGUGCUAAGGAUGUUGAAAACAAGGGCAGACACUGAAAUUGAUGAACUUGAGCAAGAUCUUGUAUUACUUCAAAGUGAACUAGCCUGUGCUGAGCACGAAGAAUGGUCUGAAUUAUGUUGUAAUGCUUUGAGAGAAAAGAUUAAUUGCCUUGAUAUUUCAUUACGGAGUUUGAGGAAUACUGAUGAGAGUGAUACUGAGGUUCAGUUGCUAAUGCAUGUAGAACCCGCUGAAAGGGUACAUGAAAUCGUGAGGGCUCUACUUAGAAAUUAUUUUCCAGAAAAUAAUGAGCAGGUUGUUUGUUACUUCCAUGCUGAACAGCCUCUGCAUGCUAUUGCCUUGGACUCCAGCUCAAAUGUUACAGAACAUGCCGCUUACCUAUUGGAUGAGAAUGAGAUGUUUAGCAUCAUUGAUUCAAAUAUAAGCGUAGAGGAAACCAAGGAAUCCAGUAUUGCUGAAACGUGCACUGGCUCAAAUUUGUCUUUGAAACUUCAAGAGAAGAAAACAAAUGAUCCAGAGAUAAUUAAGCCUGAAAAUACCAAGGCCAAAGAUUCCAAUGUUGAUUCUUUAAGACUUGCAGCUGGCCACCACAAUGGGAAGCAAAUGUUGGAGAAGAAUGAUGUAAGAAGUUCUCAGAAGGGGGAGGCCAAAGAACACUCUUCGACUCCUAACAACACGGCUAGUCAAGAUUUGUUUUUGAAGCCUGAAAGGAAGAGGAAAUAUAACCCUGAAAUGAUUAAGCCAGCAGACACUAAAAUGAAAAAUUCAUGUAAAGAUGCUUUGCCACUUGUGAUUGGCCAAUCCAAUAAGAAAAUUUUGGGUGACUCUGAUCUGAAAACCACAAGUGAGGAGAUUGAAGAACACAAUUCCACUCAAACGGUGCGUGAUUUUAUUUUGGGCUCAUCAUCCAAGCUUGAGGGAAAUAGAACAGAUCAUGGUAAAGAGGUCAAGCGUGCAAAAACUAUCGGGAAAGGUUCCAGCUCUGAUGCUAUCAGGAAUGCAGCUGGCUGCUCCCCUGGCAAAUUUGAGUUGAAUGUAGGUGGAAACCUGGAAGUUAGAGAAGACAAUUCUAAUGCUAUGCACAAAAUCAAAAUAUUAAAUUCAUCUUCAAAUCCUGAAAGCAAGGGAGGAAAUCUUCCAAAAACAGCUAAGACUGCAAACGCCAUCGGUAAAAGCAGUAGCACUGAGGCACUGAGGCUGGCUACUGGCCUCAAUAGAAGGAAAAAAGGCUUCGGUUCUGAAUCAGGUGCUUUCAGACAGGCAGAAAGUGCAAAGUCUGAUUUACAGCUAAAACUAAGUGAAUUUGCUGUGAAAAUUGCACGCAGAGAGUGCAUCAAAGGGUUAAAGAAUGCUCCAACUGACAAGAUUGAGUCUCCAGAUUCAUCUUUGAGGACAGAAUGUGAGAGGAAAACUCCACAGGGAGUGACGGUACAAGAAGCUGGUUUUAUUAAAACUGGAGAUCCAUCAACUUCACUUUUAGAUUUGAAAGAUCAGAGGGGACAAGAAACAACCAAGCUGCAGCUGAUGGAGAGGAACUCACUAGAGGGAGAUGUUCCCAAGGCAGAAGCUGCUAGUGAUGGCAAGAAGUCAAUUUUUAAUUUAUCUUUGAAGCUACCUAAGCAGAAGGAAAAGAGGAAGAUUGGGUCAGAUACACCACAGGUCCAAGAACGAGCUUUCCCUGCAAUUGGAGUUCUUUCAAAUUCUCCUAUCGCAAGAUUCAAGAGCAAACAAAAAUUUGGAGUCAGCACCAGUGAUCAUUCUUUGAAUGUGGAGGCCGCAAAGAGAAUAGGUCGGCGAGGCCAGUACAAAGCUAAAGAGAACAGUGUUGCUCCUGUUGACUGCAAAAGUUCAGUUUUAGUGUCUCAGAGGAAUGGAAAGAGAACUUCAAGAUUGCCAAUCACGGUAAAGAUCAAAGAUUCAACUCAUGUUAAUAUGGACCUCUUAAAUUUGCCCGAUAAUGCAACUGACAAUGGAAGUAAGGAAAAUCUUCAGAUCAUCAAACCCUACUCUGAUGAUUCCCAUACUAAGGCUUUGGUUCCACUGCCCUAUAAAGUUCAGAACUUGAAGGAUUUGACAUUAAUUGACCUGAGAGCCAUUGCAAAGGAAAACAAAUUGACAAAAUAUCAUAAGCUUCGGAAACAUGUGCUGCUUGAACUAUUAGCAGACCGACUGGGAUGUUGCUGAAUAUACAAGCGGGUGUACAUAUUUUCUUGUUCUGUUGUUUUCUUACGUAUACAUACAGUUGGGGAAUGGUCGGAUGUCUCACGGAUCUUGAAUGGAUCCAUUGUUCUACAUAACGAGCACUCAAGAGAAAGGUUAUAAGAAAAAAAGGAAGGACUUAGAAAUUUCUGUUUCAUAUCUUACCAUCAUUUUAGUUCUGAUAAUGAUGAUCAUAUAUUUCAUCUGUACUCGUAGGAUGUCGAUAUCAGAUUGCUAUCAAUCUUUUUGCAGAAUUGCUAUAGUACGUGAGUGGUGAUUACAUGCU